CUUAAAGUAUACGUUACAGACGAAAUGAAUAUUUAACGCCCUUAUUGUUUUAGUUUGCAGCUAAAAAUGAGGAUAUGAGAACAAGGACAUUGUUUGUUUAAGCAACUAUAUGGAUAACAAUUGGACAUGAAGUUUGCAAAUAAUUUUGUAAUAACAAAAUGAGGAUAUGAGAACACGGGUAGUGUUUAUGCUAGCAGUUUUGGGGAUAUAUAUCAGCAAUGAAGAAGAGAUAACAGCGUGUCCAAACUUGUUCACAAAACACACUUAUUACUUCAAUAAAUGCUACCAUGUGUCAACAACCAAAAUAAAAGGAGAUGAGUACGCCUCAUAUUGCUCAUUAAAGAACGGCCGGAGAGCAUCUCUGCAUAAUAGGGCAAUGCAAGACUUUAUUACUGACAAGGCGGGGGAAGAUUAUACGAUAGGUGUUCUAUGGACAGGCGAUCCACCAGAUUUCAGUUGGGCAGACGGUAAAACUUUUGAUCACUCGGAAAACUUUCAGUCAGGCGUUUCUCCUAGUAAAUCUGAUGAUAAUGUUUAUGUUGAUUAUACUACUGGAAAAUGGAAUUUCGAUAUGGGAUCUCACGGACAUAUUGCAUCGUGUGAUUAUACGAUUGGUGAACCGACUGACAGACACUACGCUCUAGUUGGUGGGAAUAUAAUGUGUGGACGGUUAGAAGUGUUCCAUGAUGGAUUCUGGGGAACAAUAUAUGACCCACAACCAGAUAUUAAACUUGGAUAUUUCAUAUGUAAUCGUUUAGGAUAUGAGUUUGAUGCUUUCGACUCAUCAUGUGUAUCCAAGGUGGGCACCGGUAUAAUAUGGUCAAUUGAUGUUAUUUGUGAUUCUAAUGCUACGAUGGUUGAUGACUGUUUUCAAGGUCAAACAACAUGGGAUACAUCAGUAACAGACCACACAAAUGAUGUUUAUGUCAGGUGUAAAGAAAAAGUGAUAACAACAACAGCAAAAACAACUACAACGAAAGCAACAACAAGUGGCACCACAACCGAAGAAACAACAAGUGGAUCCACAACAGAGGUAUCGACAAGUGGCUCCACGACAGCGGAAACAACAAGUGGCUCCACAACAGAAGAAUCAACAACUGACUCCACAACAGAAGAAACGAAAACAUCUACGGAAUCUAUGUUGUAUCCUUCAACAACAGAGUACUGCUUGACGAAUUGUAACGUUAUACACAAUGUCACAGAAACAGUAACCAUGACACAAAACGUUACUGUAACGGUGACUGCAACGGUCAACAUUACUAUAACUACAUCAGGCAAGUAUUAA